AUGCCCGCCACCAUUCCCACGCCGAGCAUCAACAUUGCUUCAUCCUCUUCCAACCCGCAUCACCACAGUACUACAAAUACAAAUGUCUCUGGAACUCCCACGGGUGUGAACAGUGGCAGUGUCAGUGGCAGUGGCAGUCUCACACAUGGCUAUCCAAUGCACUCUAGCUCCCUCCUGGCAUCGUCUCCUUUUAGUCCCGAAGCUCUAGCGGCUGCCACAGCCCUGCGACGACCAUCUCUUGUGCUCUCGGUUGGAUCCUUCCAUUCUGCUCAACUGAGGAGGUCGUCCUUCUUUGCUCCGUUUCCUUACGGCCAAUCGCCUCAGCAAUUCGAUGCCCUUCAAGACUAUAGCUCGUCACCCAGGAGAGGAGGGGGCGAUGUAUAUCAGCGCGAUCUCGAGGCCAAUUAUUGCACAAACUUUUCUUGUUGUGGUCUGAAUCUUGGUGAUCUGCAUGCACUCCUGCAGCAUUAUGAGGAAUGCCACGUGCGUUUUGAGGAAGAGGAUGAUAAUGGCCAUCCCGUGGCUCCCGGGUUUGUGGAUGAAGAAGGAUGGUCAACACCUUCGGAUCCAAUUCCUAGUAGUUCUCAUAUUCAUGCUCAAGCACGUUCAAAUCAUCCUAUCAAGGGAUCCUCAACACUCUCUGCUAAUGCUGCGGCAGCUGCCACCGUUGCUGCCCUUACUGCUAGCCAGCAACAACAGCAAAAAUUGUCACCACUUUCAUUUCUGAAUUCUAAAAAGAAAACCAACGGAGUCUCAUUAUCCGAUAUCUAUUCCGAGGAUCCCUUGAACCCGAUUAUAACGACAACAGCGCCGGAUGAUACUACUGCAGCAUUUUCAAACUCGAUUUUAAAGAGCACUGCUCAAGCCGAGUUCUCAAGUCUGGCAAGCAAGAAACGAGAUCUUGCUGCAUACUCGACUUCUUUUGAUACCCACAGCCCCAUGGCCAAAAAGACUUCAACUUUUCAGAACAUGACCCUUUCCUCUGCUUCGACUGUAUUCAACAACAGCAAUGACAACAAUAAGCAAAGCGUGGCAGCUGAAUCAUCCACAAGCAAUGCCGCGACUGCUGCUUCUGGAGUCAGAUCACAGGAGGAUCUCUUGAAUUCUGUCACGGAUUAUCUCCAAUUGGCGGUCAAACAAGGGCUAUUGCCUGACUGUGGCGAAGUCGGCUCUGCUUCAUAUAUGCAGGCGGCCGAGGAUCUGAUCCGGAAGCGCGAAGAACUUGUAAACAUCAUGGAAAAUAUUGGGAAAUCUGGUUCUUCUAGUGCAGAUAAACCUUACCGAUGCCAAGUAAGCGGUUGCGACAAGGCGUAUAAAAACCCUAAUGGACUAAAAUACCAUAAUCAACAUGGACACUGUUCUGCAGCAGGUCUUGGAGAUUCAGAAGGUCCAGAAUCAAGGCCUUAUGUUUGCACAUUCAUGGAUUGUUGCAAGCGAUACAAGAACUUGAAUGGUCUCAAAUAUCAUAUCGAACACUCGCAUCCCAACCUGCCCACGGCUUUGAGGGCACAUCAAGCAGGUUUGACAACUCAUCCCUUGCUAAUCAACGGAGUCUUUGCCAAUAACCAGGCUGCUGCCUUGGCGGUCGCUGCUGCACUGUCUCAAGUCGAAUCCUCGCCUAUGAUGAUGGCAGCUAUCAAUGCUAUCACGGCCUCUGCUAACAGUGCAAGCAACAACCUCAACAACAACACAAGUAUCACGGGCAAUAGACUCUCACCCUCAUCAGAUGACACGCCUGAUUCGAGCCCUAAUUCUAGCCCGGCCCUACGACCGGCAGCACCUACUAUGCCCACUUCCAAUGUCAAUGCCACUGUCUCUAUCCCCUCAGUCCCUUCAGUGGCCGCUUCAGCGAACAUUAACAACAAUAUCGGCCAAAAAAUGAGCAUUAAUACCAAUAACUUGAAUGUCUUCCGGAGCGGGAACAACACCUUCUCAACAGAUGUCACGCCUAUGGCCUCGCCUGUCCAUAGUCGCGCGACCCUUCCGAGUUUGAACGUUCUAUCGAUCCAGACAGGCCCAGGAUUGAAUGGCAUGACUACACCUUCAUCUCUUUCUCCAACUUCUACAGUACCUAAAUCCCCAACAGGCGUCACUCAGGUUUCGACCCUGACAGCUGCCCUUGCUGCCGUCACUGUGGAGCAACAGCGUCAGCAGCAAUAUUAA